UUCUCCUCAGAUCUGACGGCGGUGGCCACACUAUUCUACUCCUUCCCAAAAUGACUCGCAAUUAGAUUCUCUUCUUCUUCCCAGUUCUGUAAAAUCCCAAGUCCCGCUCUUUUCAUUCUCUAUCUUCAUCACCAGCUUCUGUAAAAUCCCACACUUUCUCUAACCUUAAAAGGAGAUUCAUAAAGUAAGAAAAUGCAGGAACAAGCGACUAGCUCUUUAGCUGCAAGCUCUCUACCAUCAAGCAGCGAAAGAUCUUCAAGCUCUGCUCCGCAUUUGGAUAUCAAAGAAGGAAUAGAAAGCGACGAGGAGAUACGGCGAGUGCCUGAGUUUGGAGGAGAAGCUGCCGGAAAAGAAACCUCCGGCCGGGAAUCUGGAUCGGCGACAGGUCUGGAGCGGACACAGACAACUGUCGGAGAAAGUCAAAGGAAGCGAGGGAGGAGUCCGGCGGAGAAAGAGACCAAGCGGCUGAAGAGGUUGUUGAGGAAUAGAGUUUCAGCACAGCAAGCAAGAGAGAGGAAAAAAGCUUACUUGAGUGAGUUGGAAAACAGAGUGAAAGACUUGGAGAACAAAAACUCUGAACUUGAAGAAAGACUCUCUACUUUGCAGAACGAGAACCAGAUGCUUAGACAUAUCCUGAAGAACACAACAGGAAACAAGAGAGGAGGAGGUGCUUCUAAUGCUGAUGCAAGCCUUUGAUCUCCCUUCUUGUUCUUGUUCUAUUUUUGUGGAUAAUAUUUUACAGGGAAUUGUAUUAUUAUAAAUAUAUUUAAAUAUUGUAUGGGAUGUGAGAGAGCCAAAACCGCAAAAUUAUAGACCGAGUUCUCCUGUAGUUAGAAUUUCUGAAUUCAAAACUAAUGUUGUUAUUAUCUGUGGUAUGAUGACUCCCGAAUUAACUCUGAUAAUUUUUUUGGAUA